CUCGGUGCUUUAUAGAUGUAUAUAAUCCCCGAGCUGACCCAGAAAACAAACUCCUCUGAGUGCCGAGACGCCGCAGAGUUGCAACCGCCGCAGGGGCUGCAUGUAGCCGGAGCAUCAGCUGGACAAAUAACCCCGGCGCUCAUCCAACUUCUUCGAACGGAUUCCGCAUUCGUUAACGCAUCGAGUGGCACAGCAGCCAUGGCUGAACAUAUGAUGAUGCCUAUGUCCCACGGCUUCAGGAUGGGCAUGAAUGGGCCACCGCAGCACAACGGCCAGCAGGGCAUGCGCGCCAUGCCUAACGGCCAGGUGAUGCACUACGGCAGGAACCCUCAGAACAACAUGGAGGCCGCCAUGCGGCAGAGGCCGGGCAUGGUGGCACCGGGGGUCAUGGGGGGCCCUGUGAAUGGAGCUCCUAUGGCCAAUCACCAUCACCAGAUGUUAUCUGGGAACAUGAUGUACAAUGGGCAAGGCCCGCAGCAGCACCACCCCAUGCAUCCACAACAGCAGCAGCAGCAGCAGCAGCAGCAGCAGCAACAGCAGCAGCAGCAGGGUGGACACCCACAGCAGUACCACCAUGGUAACCUCACCUCCCAGCAGCUCAUGGCCAGCAUGCACCUGCAAAAACUCAACACUCAGUAUCACGGACACCCACUGGGCUCUGCCAAUGGACACCACAUGCCGAACGGCGCCCAGUACAGGAUGGGUCCUUCCCAGCUGUCGGGCAUGCAGCACAUCGGCGCCCCUUUAGGGCUAAACGGCAUGGACAUGGAUCUGAUCGACGAGGAGGUUCUGACGUCGCUGGUGCUGGAGUUUGGGUUGGAUCGCGUCCAAGAGCUGCCCGAACUCUUCCUGGGACAAAAUGAAUUCGAUUUCAUAUCGGACUUCGUGUGCAAGCAGCAGCCAAGCACGGUCAGCUGUUGAGCGACGCAGCCAAAAGGCUGGCAUGGUUUGUUUGGACUGGGCACCCCAAAGAAUGACAGAGCGGCAACGGUAGCACAGCGAGAGGUGACAAUCUCUCAGUUCUGUUUGGGUGUAUUUGUGUCCGUGCCGACCUGCCUGCGACUUGAUGAAGAACGACGAGAGCAUCAGGUUUCCUCUUCUUUGAGCCGGUGCCCAAAAAAAUCUGUCGUUGGCCAAACGGAGGCACCGUGAUGCGGCCGGCUCUGUCUGUACCCAUCGGGCCCCUCAGCACAUGUGCCUGCAGUGCAAAGGCUUCGGGAUAAUUGUAAACUUAAACAAAAUGGGGGAAAAGGGACCUGGAAGUGUUUGUCAGGGUCUGCUCAAGUCUGUGGCUAAUGUGUUUUUAUCUUUGGUGACACCUUCAAUUAGUAGCAGACAUUUUUACAGAUCUAUAUUAAAUCAUCCUCUGAAUAUGGUUCUGCAAGGAUGAAGGGAUUCAGAGUCCGGAAUGAUUUUUGUUUUUGUGUGUGUGUGUGUGUGUGUGUGUGUGUGUGUUUGUGUGUGUGUGUGUGUGUGUGUGUGUGUGUGUGUGUGUGUGUGUGUGUGUGUGUGUGUGUGUGUGUGUGUGUGUGUGUGUUCAGAGAGGAGUCCUUAAAAGAAUAACAUGCUCCUUUCCUUGUACAGGAGUGAGGUUGUGCAGAUGAUAUGAUGAUAUGAUUAAGCUCAGAUUGGUCAAAUUGAUUGAAUGCUAAAUGUGUCACACGUUGUGUUUGUGCUCCAACGAAGCGUUCCAGUCCUCAUUGGGUUACGCUGUUCUUGGGUUACUGCUCAGUGGAAUUGGGAAAGGUUUUAGUGGAUUAGAAGUACUCCAACCACCACUUUCCCACCAAACUAGUUCCAGGGCUGGUGCUGAAUUUGGAACCUGUUCUGAGAGAAGCAUCAAAACUAUUUCUAGAAUGGAGGGCCGCUUGCUUCAUAUAACAUUACUUACAUGUGUUUAGCAGCAUACAUGCUAGGUACCUAGCUAAAGGCUAAGGCUAAAACUCACAAAGGCUAACAUAUAUUGUCUUGGCAAACAAAUUUAACACAUACUAUAUGUACGUAUCAUGGCCCCAUAGAAAAAUAAGCUCAGUGUGGAAUCACUAUAUGCUCACUGUUCAUAACAACCAAAAUGAGCUGACCCAUUGAACCAAUGUGAUCCAGUGUCUGGAGUGACAAUCAGACGUGUUAGUGUUGCUGUUGCGUGUAGUAGCUCGAAGACUCUUCUCACCUGUAGUAACAACAAACCAGUUCUCCUAAGGUUUGCAGGUUAAAUCAGUCAGCACAAGCCUCGAAGUGUCGCCUUGUGUGGGACUCAAGAAGCUGCUGGUCACAGAGAUGUAACAUGCUUUAGUGAAAUCCAAAGGCCGGUCAGGCAGACAUGGCGCUCGCCGACUGCACUUAGCUUAAUCAUUAUUUAAAGCCGUGGCAUUGAUUUCAUUAGGCAGGACAAGGAAACGCGGACCACAAAGCGUGCAAAGUUGUUGUUUUGCCCAUAGAUUAUCUUACUCCGCUGCUUUAAAUUACAUCUUCUCGCACACUUGUCUAAAUUGGCUUCAUUCCCCCGCUCACCUAAUAAUUAUAAAAUGUUCUUCUGAGAUUUUUCUUUCUCCCAUCUUUGUCGUAACACAAUUAGUAAUUAGGUUUGUGUCAGAGUUGUGGGUCAGUCGAGGGAAGGACUCCCACGGCUGCGAUGCUGUUUGUGCAGCCGCGUUAAUCUGCUCCGAUACGAGCGCUGCGCUGGAGGUCUGCCAUCCGCCAGCUUUGGAGUGGAACAAUGAGAAACGCUGUUAUUGUACAAAAGGCAGCGAAGUGCCAGCGUGCUUUCUUCCUGACAACGUGAACCCAAACAAGCCCACAACCUCGCAGGUUCAAUUGAUUUACUUCUGGCCUUAGCGAGACAGCGGUCUCUGAUUCUUGCUAUAUCAAUAAGAGCAGCCUUCUUGUGUAUUGUAUCUUUGUACCGUAGACUAGAAGUGAAGUUGAUCUAGACAACAUUAAAGGUACUUUAACAAACAAACAACAAAAAAAAGACAUUGUCAGAUGUAAAUGUUAAAUCAGUGGCUGAUUUUGAUGUGACAAGAGAUUAUAUCCUACCUUUUAUACAAAUGCGUGUGUAGAUAUGGUUAAUGCCAAUGUUUUCGGGUGCAGGGGCUCUGCUGAAGCUUUAAGACCAAGUAGACUUGCAUGUUACCGCGGGCGCGUCAGGCGCCGCCACUUUCCCACGAGGCAACUGCGAAUGUACAGUGUGACACUUUGUGGGAACUUGUCUUAAGAUGGUAGAUAAACGUGUGAGAUUGUACUCCUUGUUCCAAAUUACACAUCAUCCAUGUGGGUAGAAACCCCUCCCCCGCCCCAUGACCCUCCCACCCGCCCCCUUUCCCAAAAGCUUUUGUAAUGUUAUUGAUUCUAUUUUAAGAAAAUGUAUUUAUUUUCAAAUAAAAUAUUUAUUUAAAGAAA